AUGAUUGGCUCAAUCAAUGUAAAUAAAGCAUAUUGGGCUUUUCAGAGAAGCUCUGGCUGGUCUGAUGACGAUGAGGAUCAAUCAGAAAAUUCCGAAGAUAAAAAUCAAAAUCAGGAAGAAGAAGACAAAAAUCAAAACCCUAUUCAAGAAACUCCACCAAUAGUGGAUGAAGUUAUAAAUCCAUGCACUGAUAAUAAUGAUUCAGAAACAAAAUCAAAAGAUCAAUCAGAUAAUCAACAAGAACAAAAUAUGGGAGGAUUGUUCGAUAAUGAAUUUAAGCCACAACUUCCAAGAACUGCUCGAGGUCCAAGAGCACGCUUAUACAGUCGAAAAUUACAAAGAGUCAAUACUGCACGUGUUCCAGAUUAUGAAGCUCUAGACGAAAAGAUUAAAGAAUCAUUUGAUGAAAUUGAUAGAAUGCUUUUGCAAAUCCAAAAUGGUGAAACAGUACUAGAGCAAAAGCAAGCUACAAAGAUGAAAAAUCUCAUCAAGAAACAGCGUUCAGAACUAUUAGAUCACGACCAAGAUUGGAGACAUGGAGCUCAUUAUAAGAUGUUUUAUCGAGAUUCACAAUUCCUCAGAAAUCUCAAAAAUCAACAAGCCAUGCUACAGAAAAUGAAUAGAUUCGAUGAUGCAUCACUCAUUAAGAAGCAAAUUAAUGAAGUUUCCUCCCAAGAGUUUGAAACAAAUAAAAAGAACCAUGCAUUUGCUUUUUAUAAGUCCAGAACAGAGCUGAUGGAAAGACAAAAGAAGGAAAGAGAAAACGCAAUGCAGAAUGCAGCAGAGAAAAAGAACGCUUACAUUGCUCAGCGUGAAAAGAAAACCGAAAUUUUAAAUCUUAGAUACGCGAUUUUGAAGGAUGUCGGAAUUAGAAAUUCAAGAGCAAGACUGCCAAGAAUUUAA